CCCAGCUGCAGAGAGGAACAAAGCGGGUGCUGUGCAGGCGGCGGGGGAGGUGCUGCUAUGGGAAAGGGUGGAUGGGGGGACCUUGGGCUCCAGCCCCACAAGGGCGUCUUCUCUGGCUGGGCAGGCGGACGGGACGGGGGACGGGGGCGGGGACUAGCGGGGAGGGGGGCGGGACCCGCUCGCUCUCCUCCUACUCAGCAGGCUCCCAGGGACAAGCAACACUGUCCUCCUGAGCCUAAGGCCGCGGCGGCCAAGCCAGGCGAAGGGAUCGGUGUCCCCUCUCCCGCUCCGCGAGCCGCUGCCCGCGCCGCCGCCAGAGGGGGCCCUCGUGCUCUGCCCCCGGGAGGGACGCUCAUCCUUGCCCCAUCAAGACUUCAUUGGGCACUCAGAUGGCCAGCCGGGCGGACACUCGCCGGGCCUCGUUGGCCUGCCCCAGACCUCCCCCUCUCUUGGCGAUUAGAGGACUGAGAGCCCUGCACCGGGAGGGGAGGAGGUGCCCUGGGGCAUCUCGGCUCCGGUCCUGGGUGGGGCCGCGUUGAUGGACGCUGAAGGGAUGCGCAGUCGGGCUCUGAGGCACUGGUGUCCAGGAGGGACUCUUGGGCGUGUUCAGGAAAUAGGUGGCAUAUCUGGGGCCUCCCGGGCUCUCCUCAGAGGCCCCACGUCUUUAGGGACCUGGUGGCCGGAUGGGGCACCCUGGGGGGGUGAGUCCCAGGCUCUUGCCACGCCCGCGCGGUCCGGAUUCGAAUCACUUGCGGAGUUCCCCGGAGCUGGGGCUGAGCCAAGUCAUCCGGGCUCCUCCGGGCUGGGGAAGCGCGGGCGUGCGACGGGCCGGGAGGGGCCGCGUGGCGUGGGGUUGCCCAGGCGCCGGCGGACGCUUCCGCCGAGGCGGCCGCGAGCGGGGGCUUGGCCCGGAGACGGUGCGGCCCAGCGGGAGGCCCAGGGCGCCGGGGCGGGGCUGCAUUCUGGGCCCGUUAGCUCAGCCGUCCAGGAGGCUCCCGGAGGCUGACUCAUCCGACCGGUCACUCACAAACACGGCCUCCCCCGCGGCCGCCACGCACGGCGCCCCGCCCCUCCUCGCCCACGCGCCCUGCCAGCCGCCGCGCCCGCAGACGGCUGCAGCCUCGCCGCGGUCACACGUGUGAGCCCUCACACACGCAGCGCCCCCGCGCUCACGGAGUUCCCGCUCACACACGCAGCCCGCACGUACCCAUGGCAGCCCCUCAUUCACACAGCCGCUACAUACGCUGUCCCCCACUCACGCCCCCACACACGAAGCCCUCUUCCACACACACCAAUGCUACAUACGCAGCUCUCCACGCGCACGCACCCUCCCCACACUCAGCCCCCACUCACACAUGCAUUCCCCUCACACACGCGCCUCCCUUACACACUCAGCCCCCCUUCCCGCAGCUGCCCCGCGGGGAGCGGGCGGUGGCUGUGGGGCCGCCCUUCCCCGGCCGCGCAAACAAGCGGCUCGUUCUGCCGGCGCCGCCGAAGAAAGGCCGCUUGUCCGGCUCGGCGGCGGGCGGGGCGGCCCACACUGCGGCCUUGUCCCACCUGGCGGCCGCGCGGGGCGGUGGGGGCAGACGGGAGCCCCCCGGCGGAAAGCCCGCUGCCUUCCGAGGGGCGCACUUUCCAGCACCCCCCUCCACCCCCAAGUAAAAGUCCCCCCCCAACGACGCUCGUGCCGCUCCGCCGGGCGCCGUCUCCUCUCUGAGCGCCUGCCGUCUCCCCACUUCUGCUCCCCGCCCUGCCCUCAGUCGCCCUCUUGUCCUUCUACUCCCCCAUCCCCCCUCCACUGCCCUCGGGACCUUCUACGGCUUCCCCUCUCCGUCACCCCUUUACCCGAGGACCCUCUGUCCUGUCUCCCCAUCUCCUUCUUUGUCCCCCAGGCCCUCUACUACUCUGUCCCUCUGUCUCCGCCAGCUCUGCGUCCCCGGACUUUCUAUCCCGUUUCCCCACCUUCCUCCCGCCUCUCCCCUCCCCAGCUCUCAUUUUUCCUCAUCCCUCAGUCCCCCUCUUUGGUUUUCGCCUCCACAUCCCUUCGUCUCCCCUUGCCCGCCCGCUCCCCCCGCGGGCCCCUAGUUUUCUCGUCCUCAGUUCUCUCGGCCCCCGCCCACCCCCACCCUGCUCCGGCGACCCGCCCACUGGGCUCCCAGCCUCAGUUUCCUUCCCUUCCCGACUCCUUCCUCUGCGGGCCGCCCUUCCUCGAGGGCGGAUGUGCGCCGGGACGGCGAAGGCGGCGGCGGGCCGAGAGGACCGCAGCUCGGCCCCGCAGGCCUCGGGCCACAGCCAUGCGACGACCCGGGCGAGGCCUCGGCUGGCCCCCUGGGCCACAGGAGCUCUGGAGCCCCAGGACCAUGGACACUCUCAACAGGAGCCAGGUAGGCCCUGGAUUCAAGACCCAAGCAAUGGUGCAGAAAGGACCCCUGGACCUGAUCGAGACAGGCAAAGGGUUGAAAGUGCAAACGGACAAACCCCAUCUGGUGAGCCUGGGCAGUGGGCGACUCAGCACUGCUAUCACCCUUCUGCCGCUGGAAGAAGGGAGGACAGUGAUUGGCUCUGCGGCCAGAGACAUCUCAUUGCAGGGUCCAGGCCUGGCUCCAGAGCACUGCUACAUUGAGAACCUGCGGGGCACCCUCACCCUCUACCCUUGUGGCAAUGCCUGCACCAUUGAUGGGCUCCCUGUCCAGCAGCCCACCCGGCUCACUCAGGGCUGCAUGUUGUGCCUGGGUCAGUCCACCUUCCUCCGCUUUAACCACCCGGCUGAAGCCAAGUGGAUGAAGAGCAUGAUUCCGGCAGGGGGCCGGGCCCCCGGGCCCCCCUACAGUCCUGGCCCAGCAGAAUCAGAAAGCUUGGUGAAUGGGAACCACACCCCACAGCCUGCAACCCGGGGACCCUCGGCCUGUGCCAGCCACAGUUCCCUGGUGAGCUCUAUUGAGAAGGACCUGCAGGAAAUCAUGGACUCACUGGUGCUAGAGGAUCCUGGAGCUGCUGGCAAGAAGCCUGCUGCAACUUCCCCACUGUCGCCGAUGGCUAAUGGUGGGCGCUACCUGCUGUCCCCACCAGUCAGCCCUGGUGCCAUGUCUGUGGGCUCCAGUUAUGAGAACACCUCUCCAGCUUUCUCUCCACUCUCCUCACCAGCCAGCAGUGGAAGCUGUGCCAGCCACUCACCCAGUGGGCAGGAGCCAGCACCUUCCUUGCCCCCACUGGUGCCUGCCCGUUCUUCUAGCUACCAUCUGGCCCUGCAGCCCCCACAGUCCCGACCGAGUGGUGCCCGCUCCUCUGAGAGCCCCCGGCUAGGCAGGAAGGGGGGUCAUGAGAGGCCUCCAAGCCCUGGCCUCCGGGGUCUGCUGACAGACAGCCCUGCAGCCACUGUCUUGGCGGAGGCUCGCAGAGCCACUGAGAGCCCCCGGCUGGGUGGGCAGCUGCCCGUAGUGGCUAUUAGCCUGAGUGAAUACCCAGCUUCUGGUGCCCGCACACAACACACCAGCAUUCCUGGCAGCCCCAAGUUCCAGCCUCCAGUUCCUGCUCCCCGAAACAAGAUUGGUACACUCCAAGACCGCCCUCCCAGCCCUUUCCGUGAGCCACCAGGCACUGAGCGGGCAUUGACAACCAGCCCCUCACGCCAACUGGUAGGCCGAACAUUUUCAGAUGGGUCAGCCACUCGCACCCUGCAGCCUCCUGAGAGUCCGCGCCUGGGUCGGCGGGGCCUGGACAGUAUGCGAGAACUCCCUCCCUUGAGCCCGUCCCUGUCCCGACGGGCUCUCUCCCCCAUCCCCGCCCGGACCACCCCAGAUCUUAAACUAACCAGGGAAGUGGCAGAGAGUCCUCGGCCUCGGCGCUGGGCAGCCCAUGGGGCUUCACAAGAGGACUUCUCGCUAACGCUGGGGGCACGGAGCCGUAGGACACGAAGCCCCUCGCCCACACUUGGGGAGUCCCUGGCACCCCGCAAGGGCAGCUUCAGUGGCAGGCUGAGCCCGGCCUACAGUCUGGGCUCUUUGACUGGGGCUUCGCCCCGCCAGAGCCCACGUAGCCAGAGGAAGCUCUCCAGUGGGGACUUACGAGUUCCUGUCACUCGAGAGCGGAAAAAUAGUAUCACGGAGAUCAGCGACAAUGAGGAUGACCUCCUGGAGUACCACCGGCGGCAGCGCCAAGAGCGGCUUCGGGAGCAGGAGAUGGAGAGGCUGGAACGCCAGCGCCUGGAGACCAUCCUGAACCUGUGUGCUGAAUACAGCCGGGCUGACGGGGGACCUGAGGCCGGGGAGCUGCCCAGCAUUGGGGAGGCCACUGCAGCAUUGGCACUGGCAGGCCGGAGGCCCUCACGAGGCCUUGCAGGGGCCAUUGGGGCCUCUGGGCGGAGCAACGAGGAGCCUGGAAGUGCCACGCAACGCCUGUGGGAGAGUGUGGAACGCUCAGAUGAGGAAAAUCUCAAGGAGGAGUGCAGCAGCACUGAGAGCACCCAGCAGGAGCAUGAAGAUGCACCUAGCACCAAGCUCCAGGGAGAGGUGCUGGCCCUGGAAGAGGAGCGGGCUCAGGUGCUGGGGCGAGUGGAGCAGCUCAAGGUCCGUGUAAAGGAGCUGGAGCAGCAGCUGCAGGAGUCAGCCCGAGAGGCUGAAAUGGAGCGGGCACUGCUGCAGGGUGAGAGGGAGGCAGAGCGGGCACUGCUGCAGAAGGAGCAGAAGGCGGUGGACCAGCUGCAGGAGAAGCUGGUGACCUUGGAGACAGGCAUCCAAAAGGAGAGGGACAAGGAGAGGGCGGAGCUGGCCGCGGGACGGAGGCACCUGGAGGCCCGCCAGGCGCUCUACGCCGAGCUCCAGACGCAGCUCGAUAACUGCCCCGAGUCAGUGCGGGAACAGUUACAGGAGCAGCUGAGAAGGGAGGCAGAGGCCCUGGAGACUGAGACAAAGCUCUUCGAGGACUUGGAGUUCCAGCAGCUGGAGCGGGAAAGCCGCGUGGAGGAAGAGCGUGAGCUGGCAGGCCAGGGGCUGCUCCGGAGCAAGGCUGAGCUGCUUCGCAGCAUCACAAAGAGGAAGGAGCGCCUGGCAGUCCUGGACAGUCAGGCCGGGCAAAUCCGGGCCCAAGCUGUGCAAGAGUCGGAGCGCCUGGCCCGGGACAAGAAUGCCUCCCUGCAGCUGCUGCAGAAGGAGAAGGAGAAACUGACUAUGUUGGAAAGAAGAUACCACUCACUCACGGGGGGCAGGCCUUUCCCAAAGACCUCAUCGACCCUCAAAGAGGCUGAACUGCUCAUCUCCGAGUCCUCAGAGGUGGGGCUGGGGACUGUGGCUCUGGGCGUGUUCCCAGGGUCUUCUCAGGCCGGAGCCUCCUCUGUCCCCUUAACCCCACCUGCUUCCACUCAGCUCUGCCCCAAAGCACAAGAGGAGUAUGUGAGCCUGGCAGAGGUUCUCCAGCUGUGCUCCCGCUUGGACCCCUAUGCUUCUGCCACCUCCCCCAGCGUGCUCGCCCAGCCCCUGCCUGACAGUGAGUACGUGACGCUUGAGCAGCUAAAGGCGAUGUGGGGCACCUUGCCCAUGCCCACAGCCCCUGCGCCAGGCCUGCCUCUCUGGGCCUCUGCCUCCUGGGACCUGGUUCCCACCACCUGCCUUCCUCCCGUGCUGCCCUCUUCCUCCUCCUUCGCUUCUAUCACGCCUUCACCCAAGAUGGAGAAGCUGCUGCUCCCUGCUGUAGACUUAGAGCAGUGGUACCAGGAGCUGAUGGCCGGGCUGGGGACUGGCCCCACUGCAGCCUCCCCUCGCUCUUCCCCCCCGCCUCUGCCUGCCAAAGCUUCCCGUCAGCUGCAGGUUUACCGCUCCAAGACGGAUGGUGAGGCCACCAGCCCCCUGCCCCGGACCCGCAGUGGCCCCCUCCCCUCUUCCUCUGGUUCUUCCUCCUCCUCCUCCCAGCUCAGCGUGGCUACCUUGGGCCGUAGCCCCUCCCCAAAGAGUGCUCAACUCUCCCAGAAUGGCACAGGCAGCCUUCCUCGCAACCUGGCAGCCACACUGCAGGACAUUGAGACCAAGCGCCAACUGGCCCUGCAGCAGAAGGUCGAGUUGCUUCCUGCCGAGCCCUUCCCAACCGACGACCCAGCAGGGCAGCAAGUGAUUGAGGAGCAGCGGCGGCGACUGGCUGAGCUGAAGCAGAAAGCAGCAGCCGAGGCACAGUGCCAGUGGGAUGCCCUGCACGGGGCGGCCCCCUUCCCAGCGGGUCCCUCGGGCUUCCCCCCACUCAUGCACCACUCUAUCCUGCACCACCUGCCAGCCGGGCGGGAACGUGGGGAGGAGGGCGAGCACGCCUAUGACACACUGAGCCUGGAGAGUUCCGACAGCAUGGAGACCAGCAUCUCCACAGGGGGCAACUCGGCCUGCUCCCCUGACAACGUGUCCAGUGCGAGCGGCCUGGACAUGGGUAAGAUUGAGGAGAUGGAGAAGAUGCUGAAAGAAGCUCAUGCGGAGAAAAGCCGACUCAUUGAGUCUAGGGAGCGGGAGAUAGAGCUGCGGCGGCAGGCCCUGGAGGAGGAGCGGAGGAGGCGGGAGCAGGUGGAACGGAGGCUGCAGAGUGAGAGUGCCAAGAGGCAGCAGCUGGUGGAGAAGGAGGUCAAGAUGCGGGAGAAACAGUUUUCCCAGGCCCGACCCCUGACCCGCUACCUGCCAAUCCGGAAGGAGGACUUUGACCUGAAGACCCACAUCGAGUCAUCAGGCCAUGGUGUUGAUACCUGCCUACAUGUGGUGCUCAGCAGCAAGGUCUGCCGUGGCUACUUGGUCAAGAUGGGCGGCAAGAUUAAAUCAUGGAAGAAGCGCUGGUUUGUCUUUGACCGGCUGAAGCGCACCCUUUCCUAUUAUGUGGGUGAGUUCCCACAAGACUGCCCCAGAGCUGGGACCCCUGGGCUCUGCCACCCAGGACAGCUGGUCUUCUGGAAUGAGGUCAAGCUUCCAAGUGGGGCCCCAGGGGCUUUGACUGGGUCUUUUCCUCCUCUCUCUGAAAAUGUACAGUGUGCCUGAUUCACCUCCAUUCAUUCCUUCAUUAAUUCAGCAAUAUUACUGAACAUCUAAUAAGUUCCAGGCACUGUUCUAGGAUUUGGUGAUAAGCAAGAUGGCCACAGCUCUCUCCUUUGGAGCUUAUUGUCCG